CUCACGGGCUUCCCUCUCUCUCUGGUCCAGUUUCACGGAUCGAAUUGUACGUUCGUUACCGCGUUCCUGCAUCUCGUUGACGAAAACAAUUGGGGAAACAUGGUACCUCUCGGCCCGUCGCCGGGACACCAAACGUCCGUGAACAAUUCUUCCAGCGCGGCCGCCAGCGGCACGAAAAACGCGAUAGUGAAGUCUAACUAUACAUUGAAGUAUACCUUGGCGGGUCACACCAAGGCGGUAUCGUCCGUCAAGUUCAGCCCCAAUGGAGAGUGGCUAGCCAGCUCGGCUGCUGAUAAACUUAUCAAAAUCUGGGGCUCCUACGACGGAAAGUUUGAGAAAACUAUAGCCGGCCACAAACUUGGCAUCUCCGACGUAGCGUGGUCCAGCGAUAGCAGGUUGCUGGUCUCAGCCUCCGAUGAUAAGACCUUGAAAAUAUGGGAAUUGUGUUCCGGUAAAUGUUUGAAAACGCUAAAGGGCCACAGUAAUUACGUUUUCUGUUGCAACUUCAAUCCACAAUCCAACCUCAUAGUUUCUGGUUCCUUCGACGAAAGUGUGCGCAUUUGGGACGUGAGAAGCGGAAAAUGUCUUAAAACCUUACCGGCACAUUCAGAUCCUGUAAGCGCUGUGCACUUCAAUAGGGAUGGUUCUCUAAUCGUUUCGAGCAGUUACGACGGAUUGUGUCGAAUUUGGGACACCGCGUCGGGACAAUGCCUGAAGACUCUGAUAGAUGACGACAAUCCUCCGGUGUCGUUUGUCAAAUUUUCACCGAACGGCAAGUACAUCUUGGCAGCAACGCUAGACAACACGUUGAAGCUGUGGGAUUACAGUAAAGGGAAAUGCCUGAAAACGUACAGCGGCCACAAAAACGAGAAGUAUUGCAUCUUCGCGAACUUCUCCGUAACGGGUGGAAAGUGGAUCGUAUCCGGCUCGGAAGAUCACAUGGUGUACAUCUGGAAUCUACAGACAAAAGAGAUCGUACAAAAGCUACAGGGACACACAGACGUGGUACUUUGCACAACGUGCCACCCGACGGACAACAUUAUAGCUUCGGCCGCCCUCGAGAAUGACAAAACCAUUAAACUAUGGAAAAGCGAUACAUAAAGACAUAUGAUAAGCAAUGCACGAUUGUAAAUUCAACGCUGUUAUUAUCUGCUGUACAGAUCUCUGUGUUAAGGAAAAAAUAACUACAUUGUAAAGCAUAGAUCAUAGGAACUAGAUAUAAAGUAAAAUGCUAUUUUAUAUCAGAAUAUUUUAUUAUUGACGUUAAGUAAGUUUUUCGUUUUAGAGGUAAUUUCGGUAUGCUAGCGCUUGCAAUUGCUGUUAUGAAUAGAUUAGAGAUAGUUAACUUUGACUGAGCAGUAUUAAUAAUACAAAUCUCAUCGUGAUUGUACAAAAUUAUUAAACGUAGUAAAUUGACCGGACAAUU